AUGAACGUGAUAAGCGUGAUGGAAGUACGUGAAUUAGAUGGUAUCGAUGGAUACUGCUAUCGCGGAGAAGGAAAUGCAAACUUGGUCAUAUCAUUACCUGCUGCCAGAAGCGUGCUGCGAUUUCGUAAAAUAAAAUCAACGGAGGAGUUAUCGCCCGAUGGUGGAAGAUCACGAGUUGAAUAUGAGUACAAAUUUUACAAGGAAAUAAUUACUAAGUACCUGGGUAAUUUUGUAAAGGAGCCAAAAAUUUUUAAAUGCCAUCCAAAAGACAUACCACAUUGGAAUAAAAACGUCGAAUCUCAUCGCUCAGGUUAUCGUCGUCACAAAAGUUUAUUCGAGGAAUAUGGGAUUAUACUUCCAGAUUACACGUUAUUGCCGUUAGAACUUGAGGGAAACACACGAGGCGAGAAGCCAACAUUUUGCAUUGAGAUAAAACCUAAACAAGGCUUCGUUCCUGAAACAGACCGACGUGUACAAAAAUGUCCCUACUGCGUUAAUCAAUUUUAUAAGCUCGCUAAGAGGAUAAUAUCAAGACGCAGUGGUUACUGUCCAUGUGACCUCUUUUCUGGUGAUAGAAGUAGAGUGAAACGUGCAAUUGAUGGACUAGUAGAAUCACCGCAGAAUAAUUUUAUCGUCUUUAAAAAUGGCCAACGUGUCUGGGCUGAGGGAUAUGAGCGUAUGGAAUUGGAGCGGUUGCUAGCCGAAUGGUUUUCAAAUGGCUCGUCUCACGAUAUACAACGGCUCUAUGAGGAUUUGAAUUACCUCCUUUCUGAAGCGCUACUUCGUGAGUUUCCCGUAGGCAACGGUGAUGAUGAUGAUGAUGGUCCUACUUCCUUGUUGGAUCCAAUUAAAGAAGUUCAAGCUAUACCGGUUCUGGUGGAACACCAGCAUCAACUCGAUCGUGAGAUGAUAAAUAAAGCAAAAAUAAAUUUUAAUUUACUUAAAGAGGCAUGUGAUUUUUCAAGUGGAAAUUUACCUCGGGGCUCGGUACUAAAUCGUAUUUAUCGUAUGCAACAAUUGCAUUGUAUCAGCAGCGAUAUCAUUUAUGCAAUCUAUUCAAAGUAUUCAUCGAUUGUGGACGAACAAAUGGUUUAUUUUUCAAGUACCGAGACAACAAAACCAUCCUCCACUUCCACAACUAGCACCAGCGAUCGUAUUUGUAAUGACGAGACAUUAAAUUCAACUCAAAUUGCACUUUUGCAUAAUUAUUUAUUAUUUAGCAUCGCUCGAGACUGUUCUAUACUUCUGUCCUUCCGAGAAAUUGAUUUGUUUUCACAGCAACAACGCUACUUCUCAUUCAGCAUCGGUAUCACGGAUGUGGAUCCGAAGAAUCUUAAUCGCAUUGAAAAACAUCGCGAACGUACAAUCCGUGCCUUGAACUCCGUAACAGUCGACUGA